GGCUGCGAAAAUAGGUAUUAUUGGUUUUGUAAUUUUGUGCGGGGUUCUUCAUAUUCCUUUGUUUGGAAAGCAGACUUUGGGCUAUUGCCGUGUGAAGACCACUCUUCCAGUCAUCCAAAGGGACCAAGACUCGUACGUCCUUCCCUUGUUCAGGCCGUCUAUUGGAGUUCUGGGUUUUUUUUUUCCUCUAUACUUUCAGAGAUUGGGUAUUUUCACCAUACUUCUCAUCCACUCAGAUUGCAUAGUCCAAAGUUGCAUGGUAUUGAUGUUCUGCUCCUACAGUUGGAUUUGCACGGAGGAAUUGCAGGGUAUUGAAGGCUAUGAAGUGUUUCCAGUUUUAUUUGGGAGAAAGGAAGGAUGAUCCUAAGACCACAAAGUCAACAUUGGUCCCAUCCUCCUGUUCUGCUUUCGCUGAUCGUGAUGUCAGGCAAUCAGGAUCUGAACUUAAUUCUCAGAAUAUGUCAGAUGCUAGUACAGAGUCCAGGGGAAGGAACCAAUUUCCCAGCUUGUCUGAAAGGCCCAACAAUCUCCAAGUGUUCACUGUUGCUGAGCUGAAAGCAGCGACAAAGAAUUUUAGCCGCUCCACUAAGCUUGGAGAGGGUGGUUUUGGUUGUGUAUAUAGAGGUGUGAUCAAGAGUUCAGAUGAUCCUCUUAAAAGAGUUGAUGUAGCUGUAAAGCAACUUGGUAGCAGGGGAAUGCAGGGUCACAAGGAGUGGAUUACAGAGGUUAAUGUUCUGGGGGUUGUUGAACAUCCAAAUCUUGUCAGACUUAUUGGCUACUGUGCAGAGGAUGAUGAGAGAGGAAUCCAGCGGCUUCUUAUUUAUGAAUUUAUGCCAAAUGGAAGUGUGGAAGACCAUUUGUCAGUUAAGUCAGAAGCACCGCUCUCCUGGGCUAUGAGAUUAAAGAUUGCCCAAGAUGCUGCUCGUGGUUUAGCAUACUUACAUGAGGAAAUGGAAUUUCAGAUUAUUUUCAGAGAUUUCAAAGCUUCGAAUAUUCUCUUAGACGAGGAUUGGAAUGCUAAGUUGUCAGAUUUUGGAUUGGCUAGAUUGGGUCCUUCAGAAGGAUUAACUCAUGUCUCAACAGCGGUUGUUGGAACAAUGGGAUAUGCAGCUCCAGAAUACAUUCAAACUGGUCGUCUAACAUCUAAGAGUGAUGUAUGGAGUUAUGGGGUCUUUUUAUAUGAACUCAUCACAGGACGACGGCCAUUGGAUCGCAAUCGACCCAGAAAUGAACAAAAGCUCUUAGAAUGGGUAAAGCCAUACUUAUCAGAUGCUAAAAAGUUUCAACAGAUUUUAGACCCAAGGCUUGAAAGGAAACACUUAAUCAAGUCAGCUCACAAACUGUCUCUUGUCGCCAAUCGGUGCUUGGCCAGACAUGCAAAAACACGCCCAAAAAUGAGUGAAGUGGUGGCAAUGGUAAACCAAGUGGUGGCGGCAUCGGUGGAAAUAGGCAGUCCUCGCCCCCCUUUGAAGGCUGUGGGGCAAAAAGAAACUGAAGAGGGAGCUGGGAAGAAGAACAAAAGGAGGAUCAUGGACGCAAGGGUUGUAGAGGGCGGUUGGUUAGUUCGGAUCUGGUCAUCAAAGCAUGUGAAAACAUACUGAUUGCUAUGGGGCCCCCCGGAGUAUGAGAGGAUUUGUGGGGGGUCUUGUUUUUGGGUACAUAUAUAGCAGGUUAGUGUGUUUCCAUAGACUGAUGAAGCUAUGGUAUUUCUUGACUCCAUUCUAUUAUACCUUUAAACUUGAAAGAGGCUAUCAAUUUUUCGUUUACCUCUGGUGACGUCUAACUACAUCAAAUGCAAGCGAAAUAUGCGAAUUGCAGGAACUUCUAGGGAUGGGAAGAGAUGCUUGGGUGCUGAAUUUGAUAGAAAGGAUUUAGAUGGUGUCUGUAAUGUUCGACGUGUAAAAAAAAUGUGGAAGUGUCAGAUUGGUAACCAUAUGAUUUGUUGUUUAAGGGAUCUUGGAGAUGCCCAAAGGUCCAUCGGUUCUUUAAUGCGUCUCUAUGUAUAGAAAAACACGGUGGAACGUUUUUUUUAUGCUUUCAUUUGUAAAAUUGAUAUUGUCGCUGUUGCACUCUCCAUGUUCCGAUGGAAAGUACUCCAGCAACGGGAAUAUCUUAAAUAGUUCUGAAAGAAAAAUCUGGAUUGGGGUUUUGGGCAUUUCACUCCCAUGGUUCAAA